ACCAAAUACUCAUCAUUCUUACUUAUUCAUCAAUGGAGAAAGAACUUAUUUAUCAGAGUAGCAUAUACAAAGCAGCAAGAAGUAUCAAAAAAAGAGACAAUACUUUAUAUAAUGCCUUACUCUCAAUCUAUCAUGACUCCAUUUUUGUUGGUGAAAUUGCGCAGCUUUGGCCACAACUUCCUCUGCUCGCUAAUCUUCGAUGUGGGUUUUGGUAUUCCCCUAAAUUUCGUGACACUUGUUACUUCAAAUCCACUGAUGGGCACACCAAUAAUUGGUCUUUCAAUACUUCUCGUCUCAAUCUUCAUGUCGCUCUCAUUGCUGUUUAUUGGAUAGGGGAGAAAGGUGGGUGCUUUAUCGUUGAUUCAACUCGAAAAGGAAAGCGGUUUCCUGAUAGCAUGUCGAAGACAAUCCCUAUUUGGACUUGUGUAUUAAACCGCGCUAUUCAGAGGUAUCGCAACAUGAUGCAUGAUAAUGGGGGUGUUCAACAUAUGAAUGGUAAAACUUCUCAUGAAAAUGAUGAAAAAUCUAAAGAAGUUAUAAAAGAUUGGGAUUGCUCUUUGCACUUACCUCUAUGGGUUCCUGAGACGGAAAAAGCAUCCAUCGAAAAUCUUCUUGAUUCGUUUACUACAUUAUUGGAAGAAAGUGGUGCUGAUAUUGCUUCACUUGCAGCAUCUUUGAGAAAACCUCUACGCCCUUUAUGGAUAUCACAAAAAUCUGUCAUCUGGUUGAAUGAAGUACCUGAUCAUGAUUCCUGGGAUUUCACUCCAAUAAUACUUGUUUCCGCUUCAUCAUCAAACGGCUUUCUUCCUCAAAGAACGAGCUCCGAGUUCAGCUGGAACUAUAUUCCUGGGGCAGGAGAUGAUGAAGAAAGUUGGGCUAGGGGUUUGACUCCCAUUCUUUUCUGGAAUCAUGUGUAUGAUCUGAUAGAUGGUGGUCCUGAUUUGUGUAACCAGAAAGUCUCUGAAAUUGUUGAAAAAGACAGAGUAUAUCGGGCACAAAGGGGUCUGGAUGCCUCUCAGGUCAUUGUCAAAUCUCGAAAGUCUUCUGAGAGAAAUGGAUAUCCGGAGUCAUCGUUUCAUACAGAGUUUGAAAUUUUAAAACUUUGCAACAGUCCUUCCACUAAAGGAGAUUCUGCUAUAUGUUGGUUGGAUUCAACAAAUAUUGCUGUGGGUACAACUCAACUAGCUGCAACUAAGCCAGAUGUUGAUUGUAUACUGAACUGUGGCAAUGAGCUGCUCACUGUCGAUCAUUCAUAUCAUUAUUUGUAUCUCCCUAUAGUGAGCCCAAAAAAGGACCGGUUUUCUCUGCUCAAUAAUCUUCCUUUAGCAAUGAAGUUUGCAAGGUCAAAUUUGAUCCAAGGAAAAUCCCUUUUAGUUUGUUGCCAUGAUGGUGAAGACAUCAGUGUAUGUGUAAGCCUUGCAAUCUUAAUCUCAUUAUUUAGUGAAGAAGGAUCUUUUGAUGAUGGGAAAUCCUUUCGAGAGACGCAAAUUACGAAAUUGGAAAUAAAAAGACGACUUGUAUUUAUAAGCAAGUUUUGGACAAAUUCCAGGCCAUCUAGAGGCUGUUUAAAGCAAGUCUUUAGUUUUCUGCAUAAUGGGGUGAGUUCAAAUCUUAGCAAAAAAUUUUCAGUUUAGGAACAUUCUAGAUUCUAAUACGCAAAUCCAAAGUCAAUUCUUCUAUUCGUCACAAAUUGUUUGUUGGUUACGGACGCAACAUUCCAUAACCCUAAUCCCGUUAAGUGAGCUCUCACCUAUUAGAGGUUUAGAGUCGGAUAUAAACAACCUUACCCUUAUUAGUAAUAACAAAGAGGUUGUCUGAAGAUAAAAAAAAAAUAUGUUGUCUAACUCUGAACUUAGACGUUAUUUUUGUAAAACGGAUUAGCUUUAGAUCAUAUUAUGACACAAGUAUACGUUUGUUUUAGUUGUCUAAA